ACUUUUAUUGUAUCCUUGCACGGUCCUCUUCCUCUUCCUGAUCACCAUCACCACCGCCUUGGUCUUUUUUAUUGUAUCUCUCCCCCUUCUUUUCCUAAACGGAUUCUUCUUCAAUGGCGGGGGAAUCUGUCUCUUUCGAGCAUACACCUACCUGGGUAGUCGCCGUCGUCUGCUCUAUCAUCAUCAUCGUCUCUCUCUUUGUCGAACGCAUGCUUCACUACUUGGGGAAGUGCUUGAAACAUAAUAGGCAGGAUGCACUUUUCGAGGCCUUACAGAAGCUAAAAGAAGAGUUGAUGCUCCUCGGCUUUAUUUCUCUCCUAUUGACUGUCUUUCAAAGUCUUAUUAGCCAUAUAUGCAUCCGGACGAGCCUUUCGUAUCACAUGCUUCCAUGCAAGAGAUAUAUCGCCUCUGCUUUUGGACACGAGAACCACCAUCAUGAUUCCUCUGCCGGACUUACAUGGAACCGGCGGCUUUUGUCUGGGGGCACUACUGAUCAUUGUGCAAAGCAGGGCAAAGUUCCACUGUUAUCUAUUGAAGCGCUACAUCAACUGCACAUUUUUAUCUUUGUGCUUGCUGUUGUCUAUGUAGUUUUUUGUGCCACUACGAUGGUUCUUGGAGGAGCAAAGAUACGGCAGUGGAAGCGCUGGGAGAAUUCAAUUGAGCAUGAGAUUUCAAAGCAUGAAACUUCAGAUACAGGUAACACCUUUCAUGUUCACCAUCAUCAUGUAUUCAUCACAGAGCGCACAAAGGGAUAUUGGGGGAGUUCAACUGUCGUAACCUGGGUGAUGUCAUUCUUCAAACAAUUUUAUGGCUCUGUUACCAAGUCGGAUUAUGCUGCACUUCGGUUGGGAUUUAUCAUGAAACACUGCAGUUCAAACCCACAUUUUGAUUUUCACAAGUACAUAAUGCGGGUACUCGAAACUGAUUUUAAGAAAGUUGUUGGUAUAAGCUGGUAUCUUUGGCUCUUAGUUGUUGUCUUUCUGUUGCUGAAUGUGGAUGGAUGGCACUCAUAUUUCUGGCUAUCCUUUCUGCCUUUGAUUCUUCUACUUCUUGUGGGUGCAAAACUACAGAACAUAAUAACUUGUAUGGCUCAAGUCGUCGCAGAGAAGCACGAGGAUGCUUCAGUGAAGCUUUCUGAUGAACACUUCUGGUUUGAUAAGCCUCGCAUUGUCCUUUACUUGAUCCAUUUCAUCUUAUUCCAGAAUUCAUUUGAGAUGGCAUUCUUCUUCUGGAUCUUGAGUACCUAUGGAUUUCAUUCGUGCAUCAUGGAAAAAGUGGGUUACGUUGUUCCCAGGCUUAUUAUUGGCGUGCUUAUUCAAGUUCUUUGCAGCUACAGUACCCUUCCUUUGUAUGCGAUUGUGACUCAGAUGGGUGGCAUGUUCAAACAAGAGAUAUUUGGCGAGCUGCAAGGAACCCUGAAGGGUUGGGCUGAGGGAGCAAGGAAGAGAAAGAAAACAGAUGGUGUGUCUUCAUCGGUGUGGGGGGCUCAUUUUGGUAAAAGCGAUAAAAACAGUUCAACCAUUGGUGCAGUCCAGAUGCAAAAAAUGCCGGUUGAAGCAUUGAACAGUGCUCAUGUUGCUGAUCAAGCAGUUGACUUGGACGAAAUUACAACAUCAGUGAUUGAACAUUUGGAUUCAAGACAAAUAUCUCAGAUCUGAAUUUCUCAUAUUAGGAAGUCCUUGGCCCCCAUGUACUUCAGAUUUUUUUUCUCACUAUCAGUCUCCUUUCUUAUUAGCAUAUAAGUCACAUUGUGUACUGCAGCCAAUAUUUAUUGCACUUGUGUCAGAGGAAUCCUUUGCUAUUACAUGUCAGGUUGUUCGACCUGCAAUGAAAUCCUAGUCUAGUUUUUCUCUA